UUUUAUUUUGACACGCGCCGGAGCCGGAAGUUCUCGGCUUGGUAUGUACACGAGGAGAAGGCACACGAGGGCUCUCAAAACCCCUGCUACUGAUGUUUUUCUGCCACUGCUGAGCGUUUAACCUUAGCAGACACUUGUGUGGUGUUCAUUAUGGCUGAGGAUAUGCUGAUGCUCAACAUCUCCAACCAGGAACCUCCUCACUUACACUCUGAGAAAAAACACAACAAGUACUCAUCAGGGCAGAAAUGGGCAGCAAAAAAGGCAGAGAAUGGAAAAAGGAAAGCUUCAUUAGGAAAUCAAGACUACGGCUCUCCUAAGCAACGGAAACUGAAUGCCCAGAACAACACAAAGAAUGAAGACCAGGCAGCGUCCAAGUUCCCAUCAAAGCCAAAAGCAUCUCCAAAGAAAGGACAAGAGGAACACAAGGGACAUGACCGACCUUUUAUUAAAACCUCGUCUCUCUUCCGGAACAACCCUGAGAUCCCAGAUGUGCUCAGUCCUGCUGUGACUCAGGUGAAGGAGAAGGUCUUUACUAGCAACUCCUUUCAAGAACUAGACCUGCAUCCUCACUUAGUAGCCACACUUAACAAAGUGCUAAACAUAAGCAGUAUGACCAGUGUACAGAAGCAGACCAUUCCAGUGCUCAUGGCAGGAAAAGAUGCUGUUGUUCGAUCCCAAACCGGAUCAGGGAAAACGCUGGCGUACGGGAUUCCUCUGAUCCAGUCUCUGCAGGCGGUGCAACCAAAAAUCAAGAGAUCAGACGGGCCAUUGGCAGUUGUAAUCGUGCCAACAAGAGAGUUGGCACAACAGAGCUUUCAAAUCUUCCAGAAGCUUCUAAAGCCAUUCACCUGGAUUGUACCUGGUGUCCUGAUGGGAGGAGAAAAGAGGAAAGCAGAAAAAGCCAGACUGAGGAAAGGCAUAAACGUUUUGAUCUCCACUCCAGGACGACUGGUAGACCACAUCAAGAACACUCUUAGUAUCGCUUUUAGCGCUGUACGCUGGCUUGUUCUGGAUGAAGCAGACAGGACUCUUGACCUGGGUUUUGAGAAGGACCUGACUGUAAUACUGAACGCUCUGAAUGCUGGCGGAUCCACUAGGCAGACGGUGCUGCUCUCUGCCACACUCACUGAGGGGCUGUCUCGUUUAACCAGCAUUAGCAUGAACGACCCCAUGUACAUCCAGGUCUCGGACGAAAGCUUGGACACAUCUGAACCCUCUCUGUCAUCCAACUCUCCACCGUCUCAGCAGGCCGACAGCUACGCCGUGCCUGACAAGCUGCGACAGUAUAUGGUGGUGGUGCCUAGCAAACUGCGCCUGGUCUGCCUUGCAGCAUUUAUUCUGGCCAGGUGUAAGUUUGAACGAGAUCAGAAGCUCAUCGUCUUCAUAUCCAGCUGCGAGGCGGUGGAGUUCCUCGUCACACUCCUCUCCACUGUCCUGUGUGGCAAAUCCAGCGCUGCAAACAAGCAGCAGCUGUCAAUCAACUUUCUCCGACUCCAUGGCAACAUGGAGCAAGAGGAGCGGACGGAGGUGUUUCAGGAGUUCUCCCAGAGUAAGACCGGUGUCCUGCUGUGCACGGAUGUGGCAGCGCGUGGAUUGGAUCUUCCUCAAGUCACAUGGAUAGUACAGUUUAACCCUCCCUCUUCUGCAGCGGAAUACGUGCAUCGCGUCGGCCGUACGGCUCGUAUCGGAGCUCAGGGCAACAGCCUUCUCUUCCUCACCCCCUCAGAGACCGCCUACAUGGAUGUCUUGGCCAAUCACAAUAUCAGUCUCCAUGAGAUGAAAAUGGAAGACAUCUUGUCGACUCUGUUGCAGGACGAGCGUUUCAGAGGCAGAGGGAAUUGGGACAAAAAGAAAUCAGCCGGUGCCCGUGAGCAAGAUAUGCGUGAGAGAGCUACAGUUUUACAGACAGACUUUGAGAACUAUGUCCAUGGAAAUGCAGAAUCAGUGCAGGCUGCUAAGAAAGCCCUGCAGUCGUUCGUGAGGGCGUAUACGGCAUACCCCUCUGCUCUGAAACACAUCUUCCACAUCCGUCACCUCCACCUGGGUCACGCCGCCAAGAGCUUCGGCCUGCGGGACGCACCACAGGGCCUGUCCUCUGCCAUCGCAGACUCCACAGCUAACGGGAAGGCCAAGAAAAAAGCGAAAGAAAAGGAUAACAAGAGGCCCGCUAAUAAGCUCACAGCCAAAGAGCGAGUGGCCAGCCUGAUCCGCUCCGAGUACACCAGUGGGAUAGACGGAGAGUCCAAGUCCAAAAAGAAGAGAAAGAAGAAGAAAGCAAAUGCAGAAGAUGAGCUGACAGAAGGGUGAAAAAAAGAGAGAAGCAAAGUGGUUGAAAAAUCAUGGACAGAGCUUUUGGAGAUACAGGUGUUCAAACCCAUUGCUGGACCUUUUCUUUACUUUUUUCUUUUUUUUUUUUUACCUGUGUCAUGAUAAACCACUAGGAAACUCGCCAUCCUCAUCCUCAUCAUCGUCAACAUCUUCAUCCCCAAGUGCCUGAAGAGGGGCAGAGUUUCGCUAUGUGGGAAAGGUUUGUUCAUUCGGAAGUAUUUGGAUUUGUCCUUUUUUUGCAUUACUGGAGCUUUUAGAGGCGUUGGACAAAUUGUUGUAUAAUAAAAGAUGUGGACGAUUGUGUUUC